AGUGAAUUGUUAGGUCGACACGCCAUCGAGCAGAUAGCGAAGGGAGACGCCGUCUCCGUGUUGGAUAUCGUGCAGAGACACAGCGGUGUCUCGUUUGGAUUGGGAGAUAUAUUGAACAAGUCGGGCACUAUACAUAUAGUACACAUAGCCUCAUUGCCGCAAGGCGUGAGAGACCCCUCCGUCUACAUCAAGGCCAACAUCGAAUCCGUAGGCUCGUCCACACGAGUUCUGCAAGCGUCGCAUUUGAUGGCACUGACGUCGUGGACGUCGACGAGCGAGUGCCCUUUCUGGAGAAGUUGUUCAACGCAUAUAAUGACGCCCGAGGGAUGUUCGGGUCCGGAGACAGCCAAGUAAUCAGCGACAACAAUGAUCUGUUCGAUUAUACCUGUGUCGGGAACGUCGCACGCGCGCGCAGACUCACAGGGAAUGAACUCGUCCCUCGUCCCUCUUACUCUUCUACCACGUCGAGCGAACCCAAGCUAGGCCUCGACAGCGUGACAACGAAGUCCAGCGAAUCUUUAUAUCGUGCUCUCCCUCCCAUAUGUGCCACAACCAAAUAUCAUCACACGAUACAUGGCUCCAUGCGGACACUCAGUCCCUAUGUCACACCACCACCCAACACGGAAUCCAUCCUAUCUGCGUUCAGCACGCGAUUCGACCCACAUGAACUCAUGGACUCCAUCGUCCGUUCUCGAAGCGAUGGACAAGCGUUCUUCAUCACAAAUGGAGAAGCGUUCGGUAUCUUGGACUUUGCAGAGGUACACGACGGGUACGGGCGAAGACCAUCGCACUUAGAGGUACAGGGUACAUACGAAUGGCUAUGUGAUGAGAGGAGGGUACAGCUUGUCAUCGAACGAUGGUCGUUUGAAGCAACAACGAACUUUCGAUGGAGGAGAUGCAUAGAAGAUUUACACGUAGAGCUUGACAGCUCAUCCCUUCCCUUUUGUUUUGUGUCAUUCCACUCACAGCUGUGUUACCAUAGGAAAACCCGGUAUCUGUGACGGAGUACAGUGACAUACGAAGAGAUACAGCGGACCGAAGAGUCGAAGUUGCACGAAGCAAGUCGGCAGUACUACCAUGAAUGGGGCGAGCGAGCAGGAUACAGCGAAAGGGUACCUGACAAUGGGUUUCAAGUAGACAAGCAGUGUAGCCAUGCAUCGAAGUUCACGACGAGGGAAUGCCUGGCAGAACAACGACAACACGUGCGGAGCGUACCAAGCGACAUGAGUUCAUGCCCUGAGCCCGAGCGCUCGUUUUCGUCUUUUGUUUUCA